CGGAGCAGAGGCUGCGCUCGCUGUCGAGAUGCAGAGGGAAGAGAAGCAGCUGGAAGCAUCGGUGGAUGCACUUCUGAGUCAAGUGGCAGAUCUGAAAAGCUCCUUGGGAAGUUUUAUUUGCAAACUGGAGAACGAGUAUGACCGGCUCACCUGGCCCUCGGUCUUGGACAGCUUUGCUCUACUCUCUGGACAGCUGAAUACCCUCAACAAGGUCCUCAAGCAUGAGAAGACCCCAUUGCUUCGAAAUCAGGUCAUCAUUCCUUUGGUACUAUCCCCGGAUCGUGAUGAGGAGCUCACGCGACAGACAGAAGGACGAGUUCCUGUCUUCAGUCAUGAAGUGGUUCCUGAUCACCUGAGAACCAAACCAGACCCAGAGGUAGAGGAGCAGGAGAAGCAACUGACCGCAGAUGCUGCUCGAAUUGGCACUGAUGCGGCCCAGAAGCAAAUUCAGACCUUGAAUAAAAUGUGCUCCAACCUACUGGAGAAAAUCAGCAAAGAGGAGCGGGAAUCAGAAAGUGGAGGUCUCCGUCAGAACAAGCAGACCUUUAACCCCACAGACACCAAUGCCCUGGUGGCCGCAGUUGCCUUUGGCAAGGGUCUAUCCAACUGGAGGCCUCCAGGCAGCAGUGGUCCUGGCCAACCAGGCCAACCUGGGGCAGGGGCCCUCCUGGCUGGAACAUCGGGCAUGCAGCAGGUUCAGAUGACAGGGGCACCCAGUCAGCAACAGAGCACUCUGCUCAGCGGGGUUCAGAUGGCGCAAGCUGGCCAGCCAGGUAAGAUGCCAAGUGGCAUAAAAACCAACAUCAAGUCAGCUUCGAUGCACCCCUACCAACGGUAAGCUGCCCACCGACCCAUAGACACUGCCCCUCUGCCUCCCUAGCAACUUGGACUGCUCUCUCUUCUGAAUGUCUAUACCUGCUCCAGUGACCUGGGCCUGCUUCUGAAAGGAUGGGUAGAGCCCCUCACAGGCACACCCCAUCUCAGAGCCUAGACCUCUUUCCAGGGCCUUCCCUCUCCUUCAGUUCAGCCAAGACUCCUGGCUUCUCAGGCCUCAUUCUGACUCUAGGAGUAUCUUCAUAGCCUGUCCAGCCAAGAAGAUACCCUUGGCCCCGCAAACCAGUCUUGGCAAACCUCAAAGCCUGUCUAGUCUCUGGCCUUUGGGGCCUUCCUUGGACAGAGACGGUUGUAGCUGCUAUUGGACCAUCUCAAUCUGGGAGCUGUUGGAACAGGCCAGUGCUAUCCCAUCUUUGAAUGGAGAAAAGCUCCCUUUCUCAUUCUCUGUCUGAAAAAGCAAGCUCUCAGGAAAGGGGCAGCAGUGAGGCCUUUGGCAAUAGUACCACCUGCAACCUGGAGUCUGGUGUUGGACCUGUGGCUUGUAGCCCAGAGUGGGCAAAGGCUCAGGGAUCUUACCCUACUUCUACCUACUUGCUCUUGGACAAUAACCCAGGAAGGCAUAGGAGUGUUGCCAUACCAGUUGACUGGCUUCCUUCAGGCCAUGCUGGUCCCAAUCCAAGAGAAGGCCAUAUAGUUCUAGCUGUCCACUCUCUAGGUCUUCCUUUAGCCUUCUCCAAACCCCCCUUGGGUAGGCAGCUGGCCCCAGGUACCACAGGAAUCCCUCAUGGGUCCCUCAUGCACCCUCAGAAUAAAAA